GGACAUUGCCCUAGGCAUUGGGCAGUAGGUGUUUCUAUUGUUUAUAACUAGCGCUUAUAACACUGCGACUGGUACUGGUCCUGACGGUAUAUUGUUUUCCGGUGCAAAGCCUGGAGCGUUUUUGAGCAGGGUCCAUCAAAACUGCAAUAGAUUGCAAAACAGGAACUGAAAUUUUAGUAUUUGCUGCUUGUUGGGUAUCAUGGAAAGUGGCCAGUCGGAUUGCGUGUUUAAGUUGAUGCGCGGCUCAAAAAUCCGAUUUUGUUUGGGAUGUGCCAUAUUUACUAUGCUUGUAUGGAUGGCGUAUAUGUCUUUCUUUCUUGGUCAUCUGCAAUCAGAUAAGAACAGAAGAAAAGUCUUACAAGUUAUGGAGUUAGGACAAAUAGAUCGGGAAACACUUCUCGUGAGCGAAAAUUAUGAAACCGUUAAAACUGCUGAGCAAAAAGAAAUUGUGGAAUCUAAAAUAUACCCCAAAGAACGUUUGAUGGACGGGCCAAUUUAUAUCCUCUUCUGGAUCGGACCGUUUGGGGACCAACCUGAGUUUCGAAUCGAUCCCAAUUUAUGCGGGAAUUGCGUCCUUACUUAUGAUCAGAACUACUUGGAUGCGAGCGAAGCGGUGAUCAUUCAUUUCACAGAAGCUCAUAUGGAUCAAGUGCCAGACCCAAAGCGAAGGAAACCAGAUCAAAUGUUUGCCUUUUAUUCCACGGAGUCGCCGUACGCUAUUUCCACCAUGCGCGGAUUAAAGUUCCUUGAUAUGAACUAUUACUUCAACUGGACGAUAACCUACCGUCGUGACUCGGACAUUUACAUGCCUUUUGUGGAGCUUAAUCGACAGAACGGUGUCUUUAACGGCGAAACCAAAAUGCGUUACGGAGAUGUGAUAGUUAAAAAUAUAAUAGACAAAAAGAAAAGCACGGAUUUUAUAGCCUUGUGGAUGGCUGGGAACUGCGGUAUUACUUUGGGUGGUGUGUACCGAAAGUUUCUUAUCAGCCAAAUGGAGCUGUACGGUCUGACAGUUGAUAAAUAUGGAAACUGUUUUGACAGAGCCGCGCCGAAAGGGAGCGAGUUUUUCCCCUUCGCUGCCAAGUAUAAAUUCUACAUGGCGUUCGAAAACGCGCAGCAUUGUCGAGAUUACAUCACCGAAAAACUUUGGUCCAAUUCGUACGAAGCCGGUUUGGUGCCAGUGGUGUGGGGGCCAACCAAAGCAGAUAUUGAAGCAAUUGCCCCGAAGGGUUCGUACAUUUUCUAUGAAGAUUUUAAAAGUGGUCUAGAUCUUGUUAAGUAUUUAAAAUACCUCGACCAAAAUCCAGUCGAGUACCGAAAAUAUUUCGACUGGCGACUUCGGCAACCUACGCCAGCCGAAUACAUGAUGGUGGAACAUGGUCCAAAGUAUCAACGUGACGUUGGUAUGUGUAAAAUGUGCAGACUUUUGUGGGAGAAACGAAGGUAUAAUAACGUAACAAGCGUUGUACCGUCCCUAUACAGAUGGAUGCAUAGAGACGAACCUAACGACUGCUUAUUGAGACAAUUUAUGCAAUUUAUUCAUUAAUUAUUUCAUCUAUCGUGAUUUGAUAUCGUGAUUAUUUAAGAAUUUCAUGCACAUCGAUGUGUAACUUCUUGCUUGUAUCAAAAUGCGUUGUGAACCACUUACGAUUCUCACGUUUGCGUGACACAUUUCACGAGUCAUACAAUGAGGCUUCUAGAAAGCGGGAAACUAAACACAAUAAACACUUGAGCGAAGAACGCU